UCUCAUUUUCAGGUUCAACUCUACAACACAACCAAAGUUGAUACCAACAUUUCCCCUCAGAUUCCACCCUCACACGCAAAACAAAGAAUGGAUGCCGCAGCAACAAAAGAUGACGUCAUUUUCCGAUCCAAACUCCCCGACAUCUACAUUCCCAAGCACCUUCCGCUCCAUUCCUACUGCUUCCAGAACAUCUCCAAGUACCGCACCAAGCCCUGCCUCAUCAACGGCGGCUCCGGCGAGGUCUUCACCUACGAGGAGGUCGAGGCCCUCUCCCGAAGAGCCGGCGCCGGGCUGAGCCGCCUCGGCCUCCGCCACGGCGACACCGUCAUGAUCCUCCUCCCCAACUCGCCGGAGUUCGUCUUCGCCUUCCUCGGCGCCUCCUACAUCGGCGCCGUCUCAACAAUGGCGAAUCCCUAUUUUACCCCUGCCGAGGUCGUCAAGCAGGCGAAAGCCUCCGAGGCUAAGCUAAUCAUAACGCAGGCCUGCCACGUCGGCAAGGUUAGCGGCUUCGCUAAGGAUAACGGCGUUAGGGUUGUGCUGGUGGACUCGCCGCCGCCGGAGGGCGAUUAUCUGCAAUUCUCGGAGCUGGUUGGCGCGGACGAGAGUGAAUUGCCGGCGGUGGAUUUCAGCCCCGACGAUGUGGUGGCGCUGCCGUACUCCUCCGGCACGACGGGGCUGCCGAAGGGGGUGAUGCUCACGCACAAGGGGCUGGUCACGAGCGUGGCGCAGCAGGUCGACGGCGAGAAUCCGAAUCUGUAUAUUCACAGCGACGACGUGAUGAUCUGCGUGUUGCCGUUCUUCCACAUUUACUCGCUCAAUUCCAUCCUGCUGUGCGGCCUCCGCGCCGGCGCCGCGAUUUUGGUGAUGCAGAAAUUCGAAAUUGAGCCGUUUCUGGAGCUGAUUCAGAGGUAUAAGGUGACGAUCGGGCCGUUCGUGCCGCCGAUUGUGCUGGCGAUCGUCAAGAGUCCGGUGGUGGAUAAGUACGACCUUUCGUCGGUCAGGACGGUGAUGUCGGGGGCGGCGCCGCUGGGGAAGGAGCUCGAGGAGGCGGUGAGGGAUAAGUUUCCUAAUGCCAAGCUUGGACAGGGUUAUGGAAUGACGGAAGCCGGACCGGUGCUAGCGAUGUGUUUGGCUUUUGCAAAAGAGUCAUUUGAGAUCAAAUCUGGUGCAUGCGGGACCGUGGUAAGAAAUGCUGAGAUGAAAAUCGUUGACACGGAAAGUGGUGCUUCGUUAGGGCGCAACCAGCCUGGUGAAAUUUGCAUCCGUGGUGAUCAAAUCAUGAAAGGUUAUUUGAAUGAUUCAGAGGCAACAGAGAGAACAAUUGACAAACAAGGAUGGCUACACACAGGAGACAUAGGGUUCAUUGAUGAAGAUGAUGAGCUUUUUAUCAUUGAUCGUCUUAAGGAAAUAAUCAAGUACAAAGGCUACCAAGUUGCCCCUGCCGAGAUCGAAGCCCUCCUCCUCAACCAUCCCAACAUCUCCGACGCCGCCGUUGUCCCAAUGAAAGAUGAACAAGCAGGAGAAGUGCCAGUUGCUUUUGUUGUUAAAUCAAAUGGAUCCACUAUUACUGAGGAUGAGAUCAAGCAAUUCAUAUCCAAACAGGUUAUUUUCUACAAGAGAAUUAACCGAGUAUUUUUCAUUGACGCCAUCCCCAAAAAUCCAUCUGGAAAAAUAUUGAGAAAGGAUUUGAAGGCAAUAUUAGCAGCAACUACACCUUCUCCAAACUGAUAACGCUGCAAGUAUUUGAAGCCAUAUUAACAAAAAAAAUCGAAGUUCUUGUAUUAUUUUGUGAUAUGAUGGGGUUUUCUAGACACACAAAUGUUGGUGUGGUGUUGCAAUAUUAAAUCUAUUAUUUGUUGAUUAAA